AUGGCGCCUGUCAGACCCACUCGAAGCCGUCGGGGCCACUUCCCGCUCAUGUGGGCCCCUGCGGGCUGCCCACGCCAGUCCCCCAGCUCCCGCUUCUUUAUUUACCUUUUGCGGAGGCAGAUCCGCACGGUAAUUCAGUAUCAAACUGUUCGAUAUGAUAUCCUUCCCUUAUCUCCUUUGUCCCGGAAUCGACUAGCCCAGGUGAAGAAGAAGAUCCUCGUGCUGGAUCUGGAUGAAACACUUAUUCACUCUCAUCAUGACGGGGUCCUGCGGCCCACGGUGAGGCCUGGAACGCCUCCCGAUUUCAUCCUCAAGGUGGUAAUAGACAAACAUCCUGUCCGGUUUUUUGUACAUAAGCGACCCCAUGUGGAUUUCUUCUUAGAAGUGGUAAGCCAGUGGUAUGAGCUCGUGGUGUUUACAGCAAGCAUGGAAAUUUACGGCUCUGCUGUGGCAGAUAAACUGGACAAUAGCAGAAGCAUUCUUAAGAGGAGAUACUAUAGACAGCACUGCACUUUGGAGUUGGGCAGCUACAUCAAAGACCUCUCUGUGGUCCACAGUGACCUCUCCAGCAUUGUGAUCCUGGAUAACUCCCCCGGGGCUUAUAGGAGCCACCCAGACAAUGCCAUCCCUAUCAAAUCCUGGUUCAGUGACCCCAGUGACACAGCCCUUCUCAACCUUCUCCCAAUGCUGGAUGCCCUCAGGUUCACUGCUGAUGUCCGAUCUGUGCUGAGCCGAAACCUUCACCAACACAGGCUCUGGUGACAGCUGCUCCCCCUCCACCUGAGUUGGGGUGGGGGGGAAGGGAGGGUGAACUCUUGGGAUGCCGUCUGUUGCCCUGUCCAAUGUGAGGACUGCCUGGGCAGGGUCUGCCCCUCCCAUCCCUCUCUGCCCGCGGAGCCCUGCACUCCACAUAUGGAGUCUGGAUGGACACAUGGGCUAGACUGUGAAGCAGCCUCACUCGUGUUCACACUCCACGGAACUGCCGGGCAGGGGCAGAGCUGAGACUGUGGUGGGGAAGCAGGACUGGCCUGAGUGACAGACAUGGUGGUUCCCAGAGGCUCAAAAGAAGCCAAGUCAACUUUGUUGUGAUUUGAUUUUUUAAAAACUCUUGUACAAAACCGA